GACAGGGGAGAGGGCGGGAGAGGGAUUGAGAGUGGGAGGAAGAAGGUGGGAAGAGUAUGAAAAGUUCGGGGAGGGGAAGGAGGGGCGGCAUAAAGAAGUUUUAGACUCCGCUGGUCCAGGCGAUCCAGUCAAGCGACACAUUCGGAGACGAAGAGACCCACCAAGGGCGCUGCCAGGGGUACUCAGUGUGAGAAAUCGGAUACUGUGAAAAGCGCUGUGAAGUGUGGGAAGUGUCUUGCGAUGGGACUGAAUUUCAAGGAAAAUGAAUCUAUAACCUCAAGAAAGUUUUCGAUACAUAAUACAUCUUGAUUCGGAAAUAUCGCCUUGUUAAUUCUCUCUCUCUCUCUUUUCCUGUCUGUCUAUUCAUCUAUCUACCUAUCUCCCUCUUUAUAAACACUUCUUUCAUUUCCUCUAUUUUACUCAACAUUUUCUUUCCUUUUCUUUCUUUAUCCCCAUUUCCAUCUUUCACAUCAUCACCCACCCCCUCGUCACCAUUAUUACUAUAUCAUACUCUGCCCUUCAGCGGGAAAAAAUAAAUAAAUAAACAAAGCAGAAGAGAAAAUUCCAGCAAGACUAGAGAGCUACAGAAACAAACGUCAGGCUGACUGGUACGAGGACCUACCUAUAUGUGCUUAAGUAACUGCAGCCGUUCGCACACCUGGUUUUGGGUAUGACGUCACAGCAUACAUUCAAACCGAAAGAAUGCACCCACGGUUAACUAGAACAAAUAUCUAGUAUAUAUGAAUUAGAACCAAGCUUGAUCGAAUUGUGAAAUGUGAAGUGCGAGGCGUGAAUGCGUCUGGCGAAAGAUGGGGCCGAAUAACAAAUCAAUCCCCAUUUUGGAAACGGGAGACAGUCACAAGGAAACAACGCCACUGCUUAACCCCGGUGGUUAUCCACGAUUAUACAAUUAUCCACCGGACAAUCCAAGUCAUAUGUUCACCAGGAGGAAAUCCAGAGUUCGAGACCGUCUAAGGUUCAUCUUGAAGAACGUCACGGUAGAGCCUUUUAUGCUGUUGAACGUGUUGGCUUGGACGCUGCAGACGACGCUCGUGACGAACCUCGUGCUUGAAAAGGUAUGCGAGAGGAGGCACAACCACACUUCCGCCGAGUGCCAAAAUAUCUCCAGCCUCGGAGCCCCGGAAGAGGGCGCCAUCCAGCGCGAGGCCACCUGGCUCUUGAUGGUGCAGGAGGUAGUGGCCAACAUGCCCGCUGUGUUCUACGUCCUCGUGCUGGGUUCCUGGAGCGAUAAAUACGGGAGGAAACUGCCUAUGUUACUUCCCUUUGUUGGGAGUUUCUUGGCGACUGCCAUUUACAUGACGAACGCUCUGCUUUGGUGGCUCCCCGUGGAACUAGUGGUCCUGGCCGGCAUCCCCCGAGGUCUGAGUGGCGGCCUCAUUACACUCCUGAUGGCCACCUAUUCGUACGUGUCCGAUCUCUCGGGCCUCCAGUCCCGCACCCUCCGCAUCGCUUUCCUGGACUUCGCGAUGUUCGUUGGCGCUCCUUUGGGCCUCUUCCUCAGCAACCUCAUCUUCUCCCGCUUUGGCUACGUGGGCGUGUUCAGCAUCAGCGGUGCGGGCUUCGUCCUCAGCGUGGUGUACAUCGUCCUCCGCAUCGAAGACUCGCGCGAGCACCACGAGGCCAAGUGCGACAUGGUCCGCGACCUCUUCGACCUGACCAACGUCCGCGCCACGCUGAAUGUGGCCACCAAGCAGAGAAAGGGCCAUGGCCGGGCCAAGAUCUUUGCGCUGAUAUUCGCCAUGUUUCUCCUGCUUUUCAUCACUGGUGGAGCGCAGUUAGAAUACCUGUUCGUCAAGAAGAAGUUUAGCUGGACCUACGAGCAAUUCGUCUACUUGAGUAUAUUUGACAUCGUGUUCGGAAGCGUGGGUAAGUAAUGCGAAAUUAAAGCCAAAAGUUACGGACUCGAAUGAGAAAAAAAAUCAUUGCUUUUAUCAUUGUUGUUG